AUGAGGCGGCGCGCGCGGGCGUCGAGCGAGUACCUGGGCGUGCGGCGGCGGCCGUGGGGGCGGUACGCGGCGGAGAUCCGCAACCCCUUCACCAAGGAGCGACACUGGCUCGGCACCUUCGGCACCGCCGAGGAGGCUGCGCUCGCGUACGACCUCGCCGCCGUCUCCAUCUCCGGCCCCGGCACAGCGCGCACCAACUUCUACUACCCUGCCGCCGCCGCCGCUGCCGCGUCCGCGUAUCCUCCGGUUACUGCACCACCUUGUCCGCCAAAACAGCUGUCUCCGCCGGCGUCGCCGUUCUACGAACAAUAUAUUGCCAAUGAUGAAUACUGCCUUCCAAUCGAGGUCGACGCCGAGGCCGACGACGAGUCGCUGACGAUCGCCACCAUACUGCAGAGUUUCCAGCACCAAAGUGUUCGAAGAUCAUCUUCUGCUUCUCUGUACUAG